AACCCUCCAAUUUAUCUAUUUCCAAGGUUGUACAAACGCAUCUGGUUUUUGUAGUUAUGAAAUAUCCAUUCCCCUCUCGCUCGUGUUAUUUAUCUCCUACAUACUUGUCUAAACUUCCCUAAACAGAGUCGCGACUGCUCCCUUAGAACAAAAAUGGCGUCCCCAUCCAUCAAUGUGCUUGUGACUGGCGCCAACGGAUACAUUGGCAAUGCAGUCGCUCGCGCUUUUGUUCGCGCGGGCUACAGAACAUACGGCCUCGUUCGCCAACCAAAAGCCCUGCCCGCUCUCGCGUCAGCAGAAAUCAUUCCGAUUUUAGGUUCCCCCGAAGAUGUCUCAUUUCUGCACUCUGUCUCGGCCGAGGGAAUCGUCUUUUCGAUCAUCGUCUCCACCACUACAACUGAGGGGGUGUCCGACUAUAUCCCGCACUACAAUGCCAUCAUCUCUCUCUUCCGUGCACUGGCCACCACUUCCAAUGCCGCUGGUAUCCGGCCAUUGGUGUUUUUUACAUCAGGAUGCAAGGACUACGGUAGAACAGCCCUUGCGAAUUCACCGGGUUUGGUCCCUCAUACGGAACUUACGCCUCUGAAUCCGCAGCCCAGCCUAGUGAAUCGCGCAAGCUAUGCAGUCAAGACCUUUGAAAACAAGGAUCUGUUCGACACGGUCGUGCUGAGACCUACUCAUGAAGAGAAGAAGAAGGGCGAGUGGGUGGUUGAAGAAGAUCCCGAGACAAUUUUGCAUUCCGUCCAUGUGGACGAUUGCGGGGACGCCUACGUUGCAAUUGCCCAAAGCAAGAGAGAAGUAGUAGCCAAUCAAUGCUACAAUAUCUCUGCUAGAGAGUAUGAGACACUAGACCAAGUGUUGAAAGCCUUGGUGAAAGAGUACGGGAUCCAGGGAGGACUGAAAUACGCAAAGAAUGAAGGAAAGCCAGGACCGCGUGCGAAGCUGUUUGGUUGGAGCCAGUGGGUUGAGAGUGAAAAAUUGAGAAGGGAUACCGGAUGGACUGACAAGAGAAUGAUCUUUUCUGAGGGCAUCAAGCAGUAUCGUGUUGCCUAUGAAUCGGCAGUCGAGACCGGCGAUGAGGGCUUGAAGAAAGUGUUAAUGAAGGUCGCGGGCAGGGCUGCUAGUCAAAAGUAGCUUUUUAGUU